GUCUUGAUGGUGCCAAACCAGCCACCACCCCACUAGAGACUAAUGCUAAAAUAACUUCAGUUGAAGUAGAUAAAGCAGCAGGUGUGAAAGGAGAUGCCAUUCUAAGAGAUACAACAUCAUAUCAAAGGCUUGUUGGAAAACUGAUGUAUGCUACAAUAACAAGUCCUGACAUCAGUUGUGCAGUGCAGACACUAAGUGAAUUCAUGCAACAACCAAAGAAAUCCCACUUGGAAGCUGCAAACAGAGUGAUAAGAUAUUUGAAAGGAACUGUAGGACAAAGUAUAUGGCUUAAGGCACAACCUACUGCAGAAUUGGUUUUUUGGUGUGACUCAGAUUGGGCUGCAUGUCCAAACACUAGGAGGUCUGUUACAGGUUAUGUGGUGUAG